ACGGGCACCAUGGUGCUGUCGGUGCCGGUGAUAGCGCUGGGCGCCACGCUGGGCACGGCCACCAGCAUCCUCGCGCUGUGCGGGGUCACCUGCCUAUGCCGGCACAUGCACCCCAAGAAGGGAGUGUUGCAGAGAGACCUGGAGCCCGACCCGGAGAAGGCGAAGCCCAGCGUGCUCCGGUCCGCCCAACAGUUUAACGUCAAAAAGUCCACAGAGCCCGUCCAGCCCCGAGCCCUUCUGAAGUUCCCAGACAUCUAUGGACCCAGGCCAGCCGUGACGGCCCCGGAGGUCAUCAACUAUGCCGACUACACGCUGAAGACCACAGCAGAGCCCGCUGCACCGGCCAGCCCCCAGGCCCCGAAUGACAGCCGCCUCAAGAGGCAGGUCACGGAGGAGCUGUUCGUCCUUCCCCAGAACGGUGUGGUGGAGGAUGUCUGUGUAAUGGAGACCUGGAACCCAGAGAAGGCCGCCAGUUGGAAUCAGGCUCCCAAACUUCACUACUGCCUGGACUAUGACAGGCAGAAGGCUGAACUAUUUGUGACUCGUCUGGAAGCUGUGACCAGCGACCACGAUGGAGGCUGUGACUGCUACGUCCAGGGCAGCGUGGCCAACAGCAUGGGCUCCGUGGAGGCCCAGACGGCCCUCAAGAAGCGCGAGCUGCGCACCGCGUGGGAGGAAGGCCUGGCGCUCCCCUUGGCGGAGGAGGAGCUCCCUGCAGCCACCCUGACGCUGACCCUGAGGACCUGCGACCGCUUCUCCCGCCACAGCGUGGUCGGGGAGCUGUGCCUCGGCCUGGAUGGGGUGUCCGUGCCCCUGGGGACCGCCCAGUGGGGCGAGCUGAAGACUUCAGUGAAGGAGCCGUCUGCGGGGACUGGAGAGGUUCUUCUCUCCAUCAGCUACCUCCCGGCUGCCAACCGCCUACUAGUCGUGCUGAUUAAGGCCAAGAACCUCCACUCUAACCAGUCCAAGGAGCUCCUGGGGAAGGAUGUCUCUGUCAAGGUGACCUUAAAGCACCAGGCUCGGAAGCUGAAGAAGAAGCAGACAAAACGAGCCAAGCACAAGAUCAACCCCGUGUGGAACGAGAUGAUCAUGUUCGAGCUGCCGGAUGACCUGCUGCGGGCCUCCAGCGUGGAGCUGGACGUGCUGGGCCUGGGCGCCGAGGGUCAGAGCUGCAUGCUCGGCCACUGCAGCCUGGGCCUGCACGCCUCGGGCUCCGAGCGCAGCCACUGGGAGGAGAUGCUGAAGAACCCGCGCCGGCAGAUCGCCAUGUGGCAUCAGCUGCACCUCUAGGCAGCCACCCAAGCCGCUGCCCUCUGGGGGCAUAGUCUCCCUCCCCCACCCCACUGCCCUCUGCCCCCUCCUCUUGUGCCCCAUCCGCAUUCUGACACCAGAAGACAGACAUGUGUGCAGAGACCAGGACCCUCUUCCUCUCCCAUCACACUCCUGUUUCUUAAGAAUGAGCAAGGAUGGAGACAGGACAUGUGGGUCAGAAGGAACGCGUUUUGCUGAUCUGUGUUAUUGAAAGAGACGCUUAUCAAAUGCGGUCUGUGUGCAGGUUUUGCAGUGGGUGUCAGGCCAGAUGCAGAGAAAGCUGAAUUGGGGAAAUCACGGAUGCAAAGAAUGUGGCUUUUUAAAAAUAAGUGUAUCAAAAAAGGAUGACGGAAAUGCUGUAUCCUGGAUCAUCUCAAAAGAAUUAGAGAUGAUCAGGGUGGGAUGGAAACUCAGCCAGCAUGAAAUCGUUCUACUGACCCAAGACACUAACCCAGCAGUUCCCAAACAGUGUGUGAAGAAUCACCAGCAGAUUCCCGAACCCUGCUUUAGACAUUCCAAAUCCAUCAUCCUGGCUGGACCCCAGCAGCCUGCGUUUUUAACAAGCACACAGUGGUUUGGAUGAAGAGGCUGGAGCACUGCACUUGGAGAAAUCCCUUUCACAAAAUCCCCAACUCAGUUCCACAGUCCUCGUCAGGCCCCCAACUCCCUGGGGCAGCCAGUGCCAUGGCUGGACAUUUCAACCACGGUGUGAAAUUUAGGAGCCUCCGUUUUUAAUUUUAGUCAUUUGAAUUCUUAAUGUUCUCACGUGUGCUUUUUUGGAUCCUGCUUUUGGACUGAAUUUUGUGCUUUCUAUUGAAUAACUGUAUUGUUUCAUCUCAAAAUCAGUGUAUAUUAUACUUGGGGAGCCCUUCCCUGACCAGGAGUAGGUGGGAUUCCCCCAUUAGUUAUUGGGCAUUAGUUGUCAUGUCCACCAGCGUCACCAAAGUGACCCUCUGAGUCAGACUCCUUCCUUCUCAGCCUACCAGCCACGUGAGGAUGAAUUCCAUCUGGGGCACACAUUAAUUUAGUCCGGGUCUGUGGAAGGGGAGGAGGCUAUGAGAUCUUUUCAAGUGUGCCUCUGUCGCUGUGUUUAGGAUCUAUCACUUUAAUUAGUAAAUAAUCAGCAACUAGGUUUCACAUCGCUACCUGAUUAUUCCAAAUAGCUGUCCACAUCAUUAAUUAUAAUAUUACAAUCCUUGCUCAAGUGGAUGUAAUAUUUGCCUGGAUACCAGUAUUUCUGGGUUCUGUUGUUGACCAUCUGUAAAAGCGGCCUAAUGAUGUGGCAGCUUGGUCUCUGUGAAUGAUGCAAUAGAUGCAAUUGUGCUCCCAUGCCAUAGGCACCCCUCGCUAGUAACAAACUCCGAGGCCACCAGCAGAUCAUUUUUAAGUUUCAUGUUGGCAGCUGACCAUCCCCGGCAAGUGCCAGACAUUUCUAGGACCACGGACUCUGCUUCUGGACUUUUUAAUACUGACAGCUAAACUCUGGGCCCUUAGAGGUCACACUGGGUCCCUGAUCUAGAAAAGAAUUCCUUUCCUUCAGUCCUGUAACAAGUCAAGUCAUUCUUGGUCUCUGCCUGAGAAUUUGAGCAGAGACGUGUCAUCUUUUGUCAUCAUUUUUUCCUUUCUGGACAGCAGUAGGAAAGCAUUUAGAGAUAACUUCUGCCGAUCCCCCGAUAAAACAGAAACAACAUCUCAUCCCUCAUUAAUGAGAAGAGCUUUCACAUAAUUGGACAUUUCUCCCAUUAAGUCUGGCCACCUCCUGCCAAGUUUUUUUUAGGCAAGUCAUGGGUCACUGACUUCCCACAGCACAUCCUUAAGAGCCCUCUCACCACCCUGGUCUCCCUUUUUUGGUUGGCAUUCCAAAACAGCAAAGCAUCCCCUGCGCAAGCUGACCAGUACUCAGUUCUUGGUGCCAACUGCUGCUCUAAUCCAGAGGAGUCUGGAUCCUAGACUUAAAAUCAGGAAAGGUGGGUUCCACUUCCUUCUAAGUCCAUGCGCCUGCCGUACAGUCACACCAAAGGAUGUUUGCAGUGAGCUCUCGGGGCCCCUGAUGCCAGAAUAUCAGCCCCACCCACGGCCAUCUGUCAUGAGGCAUGAAUUUCUUUGGCGUCAAAGGUUUCAUUUUCCAGAAUCCAAAUGAAAAGGGUGCCCUUAAAAGGAGUCAAAUGUCUCUGCUUGACAUCUUAGGUGUCAGCCUUCAUCUCACUGAACAGAAAUAAGACAGCUUUUGCAGGUGGUUUUGCCUGUUGUGUGCACUGGUGUAUUCCAAGCACCUAGAAUAGAGUUGACUCAUCGCCCCUUAAUAAAAAUGUGUUGAAUGAAUUAGUGAAUGAAGGAUGGGUAGGGGAGUAGGAAGAAGAAUAUACAUUUUUAUCUAACUUGAAUGCACAUCAGAGUCCUAGUUGAGUUCUUAAAGGUAAGUUCAUCAGAAACCUCAGCAGCUGGCCUAGAAAUUCAUAAUGUUGAGUAUUACCAUUCACCUAAUGACAACUUAUAGCUCACUAUGUAAAUAAUUGGGCUUCCCUGGUGGCUCAGAAGGUAAAGAAUCUGACUGCAGUGACGGAGACCAGGUUCAAUCCCUGGGUCGGGAAGAUCCCCUGGAGAAGGGAAUGGCAAUCCACUCCAGUAUUCUUGACUGGAGAAUCCCAUGGACAGUGGAACCUGGUGGACUGCAGUCCAUGGGGUUGCAAAGAGUCAGACACGGCUGAGUGAUUUUCCCUUUACUUUUACUUCAUGUAAAUAAUUAACACAGUGAGCUAUAAGGAUGAGGAUAUAUAGAUGAGAACAUAAAAGCUGUGUUUCCCACCAAAACACCAUCUCAGUAAAUUUUAAAUUACCCAGAGAUAUCAGACUGGCAGAUGAAAAAACUUCAGUAAUCUUUGCAUCCACUUACCUUGUACCAGAUACUUUUGCAAUUGACUACCAGAUUAGAGUAAUUGGGUCUGUGCGAAUACAUCUGAUCUUUUCUUUAAAAGAAACGCUUUGUCCUUUGCUAGGGAGCGUUUUCUAAGUGCAUGAAGCAGAGGUGAAAAUAAAGGGAGAAACCAUCUCCAAUUGGGCUGUUGCCCACGAGGUGACCUGGCUUUGUCACCGAUACGGCGAUGGGGAUGGAAAACUGGGAGUCUAAUCUCGUUCAUCUUGCGACUCACUUCUUACAUCAAGUCAGAAUAUGUUUGUUGAGUGCCUAUUGAUCAAGACCUUACACACGUCUGCACAUUUCAAUCUGAGAUAUGACUCUUGGUGUAGAUUGAGUGAUGAAUCUCCCCCAGUCGAUACUGUGUAGAGAGAGUUAGAUGGGAGAGCAGUCCUUUGGGGCAGCUCCUUUGGGAUAUAAAGAAGUCCUGGGCAGCAGGAGACUGCAGCCUACGCCAAACGGAGGUGAGAACCAUAAAAAAAAAAAAAGACCUAGUCCUUGUGAUUUGUUUUUGCUGCCUGUGUUUCCUGUUGUCAAUGCUGUGUCUAUUUUGCAGUCAUGAACCGAAGCACAAAAAGACGCAUGGGAUAUUGUACUCAUAUGUCUGGUGUCAUACUUUGGAGCAAAAACCUUGCAGUGGUAAAUAAAUAACCUCUAACAGGG